UCCCCUGCUGGUAGCCUACAUUUGCAUAGCUAAGUCAUGGUGAACGGCAAAACACGAAAAGAAGUUCGCACUCAAGUUUACGCGAGUAUCAGAACUGACUAAUAGAAAGAGACAUAUGCGUGCUGUUUAAACGAAGUCAACCUAACAUGGUUUACGACCGCAACGGCAACCCGUCCCAUGGUUUUUCUGGGACUGUUGGUGAAUUUUCCGGCAAAAGUAAGAACGGGAUGGUACGAAAAUCAACUGCGAGGACGUUCGACUCUGUUCGCUCGACAAAGAGUAUGGUUUUCUCGCACGCUUCAUCAGGGGCUGAAGACACAGAGUUUGAAAUGGACGAAGAAAUGCCUGACGAUAACGAAAUUGAAGAGAGGUUUUCGAGUUUAUUGGAGAAAAUGACGCUACCAGCGGAGAGAGCAGCCGAACUUUCCAAAAGUCCAAAAGCUCACAAAUGGAAGAUGAUAAAAGCCAAAGAGCUUAUGCAGCCAAAGUAUACAUCCGGGUUCUACAUCGAGCAACUCCGCGGACAUAAGGAGAUUGUGUCUGGAAGCGGGCAAAAAACCGGAGCGAACUACAAGCGGCUGAUAAAAACUCUGGAACCGGUAGAGAUGGUGCUGCGGUCGCUAGAGAUCGACUUACGGACACAUCCAAACACAACUUGGCUGCGAGAGUUUAUCGAUGAUCCUUACCGUGGUCACAUGGCAUUGGUGGAGUUUCUCCAGUUUCUUCACCUGAACCCUCCUUCAAACGACAGCUCCGACGACAUAGGCGACACGGACAAGUCCAAAGUUUCUAAGAAGCCGGGUUCUCAGAAAUCAGUGAAACCGGACGUACUGGCAAGAAGUCACAUCGACGAGCAUCUUUGCCUUCAGAGUCUAAGAGUUCUCAUGAAAAAUAAGUACGGCUUCCAAUCAGUCAUGAGGGCCCCUGAAGUUGUGAAGGCAAUCAUUCUCUGCUUAAAGAUAAACAACCGGAAAACACAAGCACUCGUGCUUAAGAUCUUAACGCAUAUCUGCGAGGAGUCUGAGCAUUACGAGAAAGUCAUCGAUUCUGUUCGCUUCUACACAAAAACCUCACGAGAGUCUCGACCCUUCGAAAACAUUGUACAACUUAUUUUCUCGAAGCCCACAUCUCCUACGUUCCAGACGAUCAUUUUAAACUUCAUCAACAAAUUCGUAAGCUGCGCACCAUCAUUUAACCUCAAGGUUUUUCAUCAGCAAGAGUUCGAGGACGCCGGACUAGAUGUCGACAAGAUUGAGCGCACCCUAGAGGGCGCUGAGGCUACCGCCGUCCGUGAGGCGCUAAAGAUCUGGCGUGACAACUACAUAAAUGUACAGAAUGUAAUGGAUGAGUUUGUCACGCUGCGGGAACGCUCUAAGUACUUGCGUGACGAGGUCGAUCUACUGCAGUCAAAGCUAGAGGAAUCAGAGGCUAACCAAACUGAGAUGAGAACCAAGAAUACAGAACUCCAGGCUGCAUGUGAGGAAUACAGACUUCGCACGACAGAACUACAGACAGCACUAGAAAACCUCGUGAAACAAGUGAAGAAUGAGGCUGAGGCGAUUGAAGUUCCCGAUGAUCUUAUCAACACCCUGUCAGAGGCUGAAGCUGCCGCCAACCCGCCAGAGGCACCACCUCUCCCGCCCUUCGCACCCCUCCCUCCCCCAGUACCUCCUCCACCACCGGCAAUAGAGGAUUAUCUAGAGGCCUCUGCACCACCCAUGGAUCUAUGGAUAACCGACCCCAUCUUAGGCUACAAAAGAGUUCGACAGAGUAGCCGAGUUCGCCUACCGAUGCUGAACUGGGUACCAGUUCACAACGGCCCACGACAGACGUUCUUUGAUGAUACAGACGAAGAUGAGAUCAUGGGUGUGCUAGAUUUUGACGAUUUCGAUCGAAAGUUUGAGUUAAAACAUCACAUGAUGUCGGAAGAGAUCAUUGCAAGAAGAGAAACGGCGGCUAAGCGAGCAGCGGAGAUGAUUUCUGUGAUAGAUCAGAAGAGAGCAAGAAACCUGGUUAUCGCUCGCCGUCGCAUACAGCAUGACACGGAGCGUAUAAAGGAGCUAGUUAGUCACUGUGACUUAGCGGAGCUUCCCUCAGAACACGCGGAGCUUCUUCUCAAGUUUGUGCCAACCAAAGAGGAGCUCGCAGGCCUAUCAGAGCACGCGGACGAGUACGAUCGACUCGCAGAGGCUGACCAAUUCAUGUUCCAGAUGGCACAGGUUGAGAGGUACGAGGCCAAGCUUGGAGUGAUGACGUUCAUUGGUGUCUUCGACGAGCUGAUGAACAGUGUUAUACCGGAUAUCGAGUCUGUUCUCCGAGCAGCCACGUCAAUAAUAAACAGCAUCAAACUCAAGAAGUUGUUCAAGAUCAUCCUAAUUUUUGGUAACUACAUGAAUGGCAGCAGACGAGGAGCAGCCCACGGAUUCAAACUGGAAUCGUUAUAUAAGUUGGAAGAUACGAGAACUACCGAUCGUCGCCAGUCAUUCCUAGCGUACCUCGUCCAAACGGUCCGAACACACUUCCCCGAACUCAGCAACUUUGACGAGGAGCUUAGUCUCGACGGGGCGUCACAUGUCUCCCUUCAGACGCUGGCGGCCGACGUGCAAGGCCUGCGAAAGGGACUGGACCUGACCAAGUCUGAGCGCGAUAAACAACCGAACAAUUUCAUCAUCUUCAACUUUUACAACAACGCGUUCCGCAAGGUGCAAAGAGUGACCGAGCGCUAUCGUAAGAUGGAGGAGACGUACACCCAAGUGUGCACCAUGUUCUACGAAGAUCCCAAGAAACGAGAACCCUCAGAGUUCUUUAAGACAUUUACAGACUUCGUGGGAUUCUAUAAAAGAGCCGAGAAAGAAAUGGACGAUAUCGACAGACAGGAGGCAGCGGAGGCUAACCUAAAGCGCAUGCUCAGUAAGGGACCACAUGACCUACCGGACCGCGCAAGCCUAGCCAAUCAGAUCGCACAGGAAGUUAAACGGAGGUCGCAAUACAACGACAUCGAAACUACGAUCAUUUCAAUAUAGAGGAGAUAAUACAACCGUGAUUUACCGCGAUAAGAGGCAGGGUGAAGUCAAGCUCGAAUACCUUGAACUGUUCGAAUUAUAUCAAGCUCGAUUUCACAUGCAUUUUACGCUACGCGGAAAAAUUCUAGCUAGGAGCUUUUCUUUAUAAGAAUAUAAAACACAGCAUAUUACGCUGGAAACCUGGCUUUUAUUUACGUUUAUGAGUUAAAACUGAUAAACGCUUGCAAAGCUUUUACGAGUUAUCGGAGGGACUUCUGUGUUUGUAACUCAUUGUUUAGUUUUAAAGUAAAGGAUCAUCAUCUUCGGAUAAUAUUUAUCAUUACAUUACAACUGCAAAGCCACUAAACACAAACCACUGUCGACAAUUUUCACUUGUUUUACAUUAAUAUAAGACAAGAAACAGAUAGUCAGAUUAAGUAGUCUACCAGAAAUGCUUCUAGGCAAGGGAAUGUCUUUUACAUUAGGCAGUCAUUCUGACCUCUGUCACGAAAAUGCGUUUUGCUCAGAAAAUGCGUAUAAAAAGAUGGAAGCACAAGUUUCUUAUUUUGGUGUUGUCAAAAAAAAAAAGAAGUAUGUUUUAUGCUGAGCGAGCCACUAGAAUUUUAAACAAAACUCGUUGACGGACCUUUGGAUUAAACAACAGUAAACUCAGAUAGAAAUCAUAAAUUAUCACUACCAGCAUCACUACCAAGUCUAACUUAUAUUAAACAUUGUUUGUAAAUCGUA